AAAAAAACUCAAAUUACCCACGAUUUUGGACUCAUCCAUGAUACUUUGGUUUCUAUAUUCUGAAAUCAAGAUUUUUUCUUUUCGUAGGAUAGGAAAUGGUGUUUUAUGGCUAUAAACGUAGGGGAAGGUUAGUUUAGCAAAUUGUUUACCCAGAAAAACCGUAGUUUCGGAACAUAGUUGACGAACGCGCUUAGUUUCAUUUCAUAGAUUCCGAAAUCGCUUAGUUUCGUUUCGUAGAAUCCAAAAUUUCUCUUUAUGGCUACAAGCUCAUAAAACUUCAAAAUUAGAGAAAAGGGGCGAUUUUUAGGGUUCGAAAACGGACGAUUUUGAAGCAACCGUUCUGAUUAUUUGUCAAUCAACUAGUUUCAUUCAAAGAUUUUGUCUUCUCCAUUCUCAUUCACGUAAAGUGAUAUUUGGACCGAAUGACAGACGAAGUUGGGAGACAAAGAGGUGGAUGGAAAAGCAGAGCACGUAGCUCUACACGUAGAGAGCGUGUGACAGAAGUUGCUAUCCCUAGAGGUGGUAAGGGGAAAGAAGUAGCUGGAUCAACCUCAGAGGCUCAAGAUGAGCCUGAAUCUCAACAUGAGGUUGUAGCCGAAGCUCAGGACGUGGAUGAAGUGAAUGCUGAAAUUGAGGCUGAAGAGAAAGAUGAACAACCACCACCAUCACCACAAAAAAAGAAUCCGAGAACAACAAGGAGAAGAAACCCACCACAAGUAGCACCACCACCAGUUACGGGAUAUGGUGGUGGUCCAAGUGACUUGUCGUUGUUGCCGUCGUUUGGAAAGCAUGUUGCUGCCUCGUUAUGGAGAGGAGAAUGCGUCGGACGGUAUCUCAAGUGCAUGAACAAUGGGAAAAAAGUCAACGACUUUGACAAACCUGACUCUAAUCUUCGGUGGUUUUGGAAUGUUGUUGAUGCUAGUGGACUUCGACCCCUUUUGAAGACAAAUUACAAUCAUGUUGACUGGGGACUGUUGACAGCAUUUACGAAGCGAUGGCAUCCUGAGACUGGUACCUUCUAUCUUCCUAUUAGUGAGAUGACCAUCACCCUGGAUGACGUGUCUUGCUUGCUUCAUAUUCCGAUUAAUGGUAAAAUGCUCAACCAUGUUGGAACGGCAUGUAGUAUGGCUGAAGGCAAAGAUAUGUGUGAAAAGUACCUCAACUUCAAUAGAGAUGACUGUAAGCAAGAGUUUAGCAAAAUGAAAGGAGCUCAUAUCGGGUUUCCCAAGCUGGAGAAGAUAUACCAUGCGAAUUUGAGUCAAGCAUUGGAAGCUGAAAACAAUCAGGAGUCGGAUGAUGAGACCUCAGUGAAGUUAACACGUGGAAUUGGGGUGCUUCUAGACUCGCAUAUUUGUUUAACUACUUGGAUGCUGCAAGUCGCCCGAAAUGUGGAAAUCACGGUGGCAUGUAUUAUGGUGCAUUUCAAAAGGUUCGGAAUGCGCUUUCUUGUUGAUGACUACACCCAUCAAGAACCAGUUGCGGCCAAAUUUGUUCCGUUGAAAGGCGCUAAAUUUCCGGAUGAGCAUAGGACCGUAUUGGAUCGGAUGGAGGUGGAUGAAGUCACAUUUUGUCCCUACGAGAAUCAUCGCCAUACACGCCCCUUUGUAGAUAUUAGUUGGUACUCCGGAUGGAUUAUGUGUGGAAAUGCUAUGAUAUGUCCACAUUUUCCUGAGCGUAUCCUCAGGCAAUAUGGACACGUGCAGUCUAUUCCCAGAGCCCCUGAUGUAUCUGCAAAGGCUGGUAUGAAUCGGUUUAGCAUUGAUCAAGGAUUUCGUGAGUACUUGACUCAUAAUUAUGUGACUGAGGAAAUGCACGGUCCAAGAGCACAAAAUGGAUUUGACACCGAUCCGGAAUACAUUGCAUGGUUUUAUCAAGUAUCGCAUCCUAAGCUUUGGCCACCAAUUCAAGGGAAUCCGCCAAGACCAUCAAAUGUGUUGAUUGUGGAGGACAAUGCGAAUGAAAAAUGUGACGUCUUUGAAAUUUGUAGUGCAAUCCGAACGGAGGUGAGGGAAAAGCUUGAUAGUGACCUAACUUUGGAAGAGGCAAGAAAGCUACUUGAAAAGGUUUACGGUGAUUUGGAACCUGUCACGACAUAUUCCGUGCGACGAAAGAGGAAGAGACAUUCGGGUGAAGGAAAAAAGAAGAGGAAGAAGAAACGCUCCGGAGAGGCCGGUCUAAGUCAUUAGUAGUUUUAGUUUGUUUUGGAUUUGUAUGGAUUUGGUAUAGACUGUAUUUUGGACAAUGGAAUUGUAUGGUUAUGAUUUUGGUUAUCAUUAGGAUUCAAAUAUUUUGGACAAUGGAAUUGAUGUAUCAUUAUGAUUUUGUAUGGUUAUGAUUUUUGGUUGUGUAUUUUACCUACAAUGGACAAAGGAUUUCAUGUAUCAUUAAGACAAUUAAAUUGAUGUAUGAUUAUGAUUAA